GCAGGAGAGGAAAAAGUUGCAGGAGGAAAAAGGAUGGGCGUGGGGAGGUCCAGAAUGUACAAGCAGUAGCCGCUUUGAUUUUGGGAUUCGGGCAGAAAUAUGGAAUGUGGUAGGGUCCGUCAAAGAAAGGAAGUACGGGAGCGUAUGAAGGGAAAAGGGAUCCAACAGCACGUAUAAUAUUAAGAGGGUGAGGACACCUUCCUUCCUUUAGAAGGAGAAGAGUCAAAAAGUAGGGGGAAAGGGGUUUAUUAAGGGGGCUAAAAUGAAGAUGGACAUGCAAUGAACUUAAGGAAGAAGGUGUAGGACAAGGCGAAAGGACAGAGACAAGGAGAAGAAAGUAGAAGAGAGAGGGGGUGAGAGACGAUGAAGAAGAGAGAUUCACGGAAAGGAGAACGGAGGAAUUGAGAGCUGUCGGGAAGGGAGAAAACACAAGGCAGGAGGGAUGAAGUGCCUGCUGCUUAAAAUGUUAUUAAUCUUCAUCUGGCUGACCAGCAUGAUAGUGUGCGUCUGGUACAUCUACAGCCAUGGAAAUGUCACACCAGUGAUAUCACACAGGAUCUCACGUCUGCAUUUGAAGAAGUCCUUCCCCAACUCAUCUAGGACUUGCUUCAACACUGGGAAUAAAAACACAAAAGUCCUAAAGCAGGUGAUGGAGCGAUAUAAUGAAAAGUGGAAAAAGCAGGAGGACAACAUGAACAGGCUGAGGUCUGAGCUGAACAACAGUUGCCAGGGAAUAUCUGAAGCCAUCAUCACACAAGACAACACACCGGUGGGGACGCAGAUUAAGUACGAUGGUGAAAAGAAUAAGCUCCGUAAGGUGACCCCAAAUCUGUUCAGCACAUUCAGUAAGGAGCAGCCAUUAAAGAUCUUUAUCCGGAAGACAUGCGCUGUUGUGGGGAAUGGAGGGAUCCUGGUCAAUAGCAGCUGUGGAGAGGAGAUAAACUCUGCCCAGAUUGUCAUCAGAUGUAAUCUCCCUCCUUUGGGAGACAGCUAUAAUGAAGAUGUAGGCAACAAGACAGACCUUGUGACAGCAAAUCCCAGCAUCCUCUUGGAAAAGUUCCAGGGACUGACGGAGUGGCGCCGCCCCUUCCUGGAAACAAUGAGUAACUACGGCGACUCCUUGCUGCUGCUGCCCGCCUUCUCCUACAUUCCCAACAUGCCCCUGUCGCUGCGCGCUCUCUACACCCUGCAGGAGUUCGGGAGCCCCGCCCGGCCCGUUUUCCUCAACCCCAGGUACCUGAGCUGCCUGGCGCGGUUCUGGAAUUCCCGGGGCCUGGCGGUGGCGCGGCUCAGCACCGGCUUCAUCGCGGCCAGCCUGGCGCUGGAGCUGUGCUCCGACGUGCGCCUCUACGGCUUCUGGCCCUUCCCCCUGCACCCGAGCGGCUGCCACCCGCUCGCCAACCACUACUACGACAACCGGCUGGGCAAGAAGGUGCACAAAAUGGACGCCGAGUUCGAGCGCCUGCUGAGCCUCCACAAGGAGGGAGUGCUGAAGGUGCACCUGGGAGAGUGUCAGACUGACCCAAGGUAACCAAUCAGCUCUCUUUCCCCACCUAUACAAGCACGCUGGGAGACACCAGCCAAUCAGCCGGCUGCCCCUACCCGCAGUGCUGGAAAUGGGAUUUCACUUUGGGGGACGGACACAUAGGACUGUCCAAACCUUCUGUACUUGUGCACACACAGACAUGGGCUUUCUCCUGUAUAAGACUGAAGUCUGUUCACUGGAACUGGGCGAGACUUUGCUCAGGUUGGCAACCACUGGUGUCGUCUGACCAGUAUUAACCUCAAUCAAGCUAUUUUCACUAGAUUGUAAAAAUACAAACAUAUACUGUUUUAGUAUGUUUGUAUACAAAUACUUUUAUAUUUAUUGUCUGUGGGGAGGGGUGACAGUGGGAACCUGGAUCAUUUUUUUUAUAACGAUGCAAAUGAAAAAUACCGUUUGUUCUGACUGUAUCUGGAAACAGCCAGGCAGAGCUAAUGCAGGGCUGACAUCUUUCUGAUCUGCCACAUCCUAAAGUGUGAAACCGGUCAGGUUCUGUGAUAUUUAAGAAGAUCUUUCUUAUUGAAUCAUACUGGAGAAAAUUAUGUUUUUUCUUUAGUGUCCAAACAAAAUUGGAGUUUCCCAUUUCUUUUUUUACAAUUUCACCCUGUUCUCUCCUCAGUUUAUAGGCAUUGCAUAUUCCUAAUCCUAGUUGUACUUCAUUUCACCAACAACAACUGCCCCAGUCUCAAAGGAUAUUUUACUAGUUACAGACACAGCUGAAAAAGGCACCGUAUGUCCAGUAGGUGUCGCCGGAGCGCAAUUUCAGGGAGAGGACUACUGUACCUCAAUCUAAUAUCCCCCAUGUGGGGACAUGGCCAAUUAUGUCCAUGGGGUGCCCUGUCCCUAGGCAACAAAUGAUCCAUAGAGGUUCAAAUCUGCACAAGACCAGUCAGCACUGCAUAAAACUUUACUGGCUGUGCCACUGGGUUAGCCCUGGGUUUCACAAAACAGAAAACCCAUAUGGAUGAAAAUGUACUAAAAGGCAGCCGUAGAUCUUUCACAGCAGUAAAUUAAUUACAAUUUAAAAGGGCCAUGCUGUCCAACUGAUUCCCUUUGUUAUCCUAGCGUGAAAAGGGCACACCUUGUUACUGUACAUCCGACUGGGCUUUUGCUUGACGUUCGACAUCAACAGGCAUUUGAGGGUUCUGUCACUGUGCUGUCACCAACUCAUUCAAGUAAGAGAAUCUGACUCUCUGUGAACACAGAGGUCACUGGGUUAGUCUGAGCUGGCUGCUCAACACUAUCAUUUUAUCUGGUUAUGUGCGUCACUGGACCAAACUUGUACAAAUAAUUUGACCGACAGCAAAAGCUCUGACCUGUUUAACAAGCAACAGCAAACUGUUGUCUAAAGCUCAUCCUGGCAAAGACUGUCGUGCUAUACAUUCCCUCCAAAGCCUCACCUCUGCUAAACAUCUUUAAUCUAGGUGCUACAGGGAAUCUUUCUCAGAGCUCUACUACUGCAAGAAACCUUGGGGUAACCAUAGAUGACUAGUUUCUCUUCAUUCUCUGCACGUAACAGCAGUAAGUGUAUAUUUUUUCUAAACAAUAUUUUAUGUAUCUUGCUCAACCUACUUAACACAGCGUGCUCUCACACCUUAACAAAAGUCAUAACUUUCUCGUCAGUCUCUCUGCUUGCACCACAAAGCCCCUGUAACUAAUGCAAAACACUUCCUAAGCUGACUUAUGCCACACCCCUCCUUAUUUUACUUCCCUGACUAUUUCCUCCAGCCCACAUCAAGUUCACUGCCCUGUAGGUACUAGCCGAGCAAAUGGAACAGCUCCACCAUAACUCAAUCUUCAAAUGUUACACCCUAGGUAGACCUCUCAAUUCCACAGCCUUGAGGCAACCGGCUGUCCCCUCCCUGCAUGGUUUCUUCUCCCAGUUAUGCCAGUUUGUACUGACCCCACACAGGUGAAGUGAAUCUCCAAAAGUGGCCAGGUCGUAAGCUUACACAGCAAUACCAACUUUAUACACUAGAGGUCACCAGUUCACUGUGUACAAAUGGUACCCUAUAUUCAAGUCCUGAAUCCACGCAAAGCUUUCAUGUUAAUUAAAAUGUUUGGUUGAAGCUUGCUAUAAUCAUGAACAUGACAAGCCCUCUCAUAUAAAAUCCAGACUUUGGGACAAACCACAAUGUCUUUUUUUUUUUAGUAAACGAAAAAUAUUUUGUCCUAUUUUUUAAAAAGAUGUUCUACCU